AGAAGCAAGCGUCAGAUUGUUGAAGUAAAUAUUUUAUAAACACAAAUUUUAAACUUUUUCAUUUUCCACUAAAGAUAAAAAAUGGGUCGUCGCAAGUCAAAAAGAAAGCCUCCACCAAAAAGAAAAGCUAUAGAACCCUUGGACAUACUAUUUAAUUGCCCAUUUUGCAAUCACGAGAAAUCCUGUGAUGUUAAAAUGGAUAAAGGGAGGAGUACGGCUCGGAUAACAUGUCGGGUUUGUUUAGAAGAUUUCCAAACAACUAUAAACUUUUUGUCCGAGCCAGUUGAUGUCUACAAUGAUUGGAUUGAUGCUUGUGAAACUGCAAAUUAAAUAUAUAUAUUAUAGUACAUAAGAAUUAGCCAGAUAAGUGUGUGUCAGUGAUUAACAUUUUCUAUUACUCAAGAACAACUCUGCAUUAAAGAUUAAAGCAUGAGGUUUAAUUUUUACUUCUGUGGGACUUUGUGAAUAAAAAAUAUGGUUUUAGU